AUGCUGCGUCGUUUUGGUGAUGAUGAUCUUAUUCGUCGUAUUGAUAAGGAUAAUGAUCUACUGGAUUCUGGUGCUGCUUUUGGUGUUGGUAAAAGUCCAGCUUUUAUCGCUUUAACUAAGAAUUUUCUUCGUAAUCGUCAUGCUACUGAUCCUGAUAAUUACACUGGUUUUGAUUUUAGCGAUCGUUAUGGUGUUGAUAGUGACUGGGUAUAAAGAUGGAGUAAGCCGAAACUGAUUGAGACCUUGGUUUAUAUUUUACUUUAGCCUGAUGGUGUUUGAUUUUUUAUAAUCUUUAUUUUCAAUUGAAUAAAGCCUUACUGUGUUCGAAAGCAUCAAUAUCUUUCAUUAAUGGUGUACCUGAUGACUUGCUGAUGGUGAGACAGGAAUUUGCUGACUAUUGCUUUUACUAUAAAUGAUCAUGGGCGUCAGGAUGAAUAUGGGUGUGGGUGUGAGUCAGAGGUCGGUCCGGUCCGGUCCCGAUCUGGCUGGUAGACAGGUUUAGACCGGUCAGACUGGUAGACCGGUUUAGACUGAUUAGACCAGUCUAAAUUUUCCACUUUCCUGGCUUUACCACUAGGAGUAAUGCAACUUUACAAUUGGUUCUAACUGUAUAAUACAGUUCGUAUUUUAUCUGAAUAGUUUAGUCCUUUUUAUCCGCAUUCUUUCACAUGCUUGAGUAGUGAAGAUCUUCAGAAAAGCAAGAUAACUAUGUCCCAUAAAAAUUAUAUGAAAUAUUUGUGUAGGAAAAUUGAACAACCGCAUCACCGUCCAAUUAUUAUGAUAUUUCUGAAUCUUCUGGUAAAUUUGUAACUUCCAAGAGACAUAUUAAAAAACUUUUCGCUAAAACAGUCGAUGUUUUAUUGGUAGCCCAGUUUUACCGGUAGACCGACCGGUCCCGUCUGGUCUGAUUAUUUUGGCAGAUAGGGUGUGGGUGUGGGUGUGGGGGUGGGUGUGUGUGGGUGUGUGUGUG